AGAAGGGGACAACAGAGGAUGAGAUGGCUGGAUGGCAUCACCGACUCGAUGGACAUGAGUUUGAGUCAACUCUGGGAGUUGGUUAUGGACAGGGAGGCCUGGCGUGCUGCAACUCAUGGGGUCACAAAGAGUCACAACUGAGCGACUGAACUGAAGCGAAUGCAGUGACCAGGGUUCUUGAAAGAGGAGAGGACACACAGAGACAACACAGGGGAGAAGUCUGUGUAAAGAUGGAGGCAGAGACAGGUGUUCUGCUGGCACAAGCCAAGGAAUGCCACAAGUCUCCAGAAACUGGAAGAGGCAAGGAAGGAUGCUCCUCUAGAGCCUUAAGGAAGCACAGCUGUGCUGAGACCUUGAUUUCAGAUUUCUGGCCCCUAGAACUGUGAGAAGAUUAAUUUCUGUUGUUUUGACUACCCAGAUUUGUUUUGGUAAUUUUUUAUGGCAGCCCUUGGAAACUAAUACACCUACUAGGAUCACAAAGAUCUCCUGUUUUCUUCUACAAAUUUCAGCUUCACUUCUACAUUUAGUCUUAUGGUCCAUUUGGAGUUUAUUUUUGUGUAUGGUGUGAGCUUAUUUGCAUGGCGUUUUGGUAUGCCAGGAACCAAAAACAAAAUAAUUAAAGGCAGUGAAACUGAAGUAAACUAGGAAGAUCAUCAGCCCAGAACGGCCUGUUGGAAGAAGCAGAGGAUGAAAAAUCAAGUGAAGCACUGUUUUAUUGUAGCAGCAGGCCUUUGAAAUUUAACUCGAAAAAUGAGUGCUCUUAAUUCAGAGAACUGCUCUUUUCAGUACCAGCUGCAUCAAACACAUCAGCUUCUAGAUGGUAACUGUCUGUUAUUCUUGAUUAUACUUGGGAAAAUACUGUUAAAUAUCCUUACAUUAGGAAUGAAAAGGAAAAACACCCAUCAAAAUUUUUUGGAAUAUUUUUGCAUUUCACUGGCAUUUACUGAUCUUCUACUUUUGGUGAAUAUUUCCAUUAUAUCUUAUUUCAGGGAUUUUGUGUUUUUAGGCAUUAGGUUUACUAAAUACCACAUCUGCCUAUUUAUUCAAAUUGUUUCUUUUACUUACAGUUUUUUGCAUUAUCCAGUUUUCCUGAUAGCUUGUAUAGAUUAUUACCUGAAUUUCUCUAAAGCCACCAAACUUCCAUUUAAGUGUCAAAAAGUAUGUUAUUUCUUUACAGUUAUUUUAAUUUGGAUUUCUGUCCUUACUUAUGUUUUGGGAGAUCCAGCUGUCUACCAAAGCCUGAAGGCACAGAAUGUGUAUUCUCAUCAAUGCCCUUUUUAUAUUGGUGCUCAGGGUUACUGGCUGUCAUUUUCCAUGGUGACAAUUUUAUUUAUGGGUUUUAUAACCUCUUGGUCAGAAGUCAUUACCUUGGUACAGGCUGUUAGGAUAACUUCCUACAUGAACGAGACUAUCCUGUAUUUUCCCUUUUCAUCCCACUCUUCUUCUACCAUGAACUCUAAAAAAACACUCUUGCCCAAGUUGAUUAUCUGUUUUCUUGGUACCUGGUUACCAUUUGUCCUGCUUCAAGUAAUUAUCCUUUUACUUAAAGUACAGAUUCCAGCUUACAUUGAAAUGAACAUUCCAUGGUUGUACUUUGUCAAUAGUUUUCUCAUUGCUACAAUUUUUUGGUUUAAUUGUCACAAACUUAAUUUGAGAGACAUGGCAUUACCUGUGGAUCCAUUUGUCAACUGGAAAUGCUGCUUCAUUCCACUUAUACUUCGUAAUUUUGAGCAAAUUGAAAAGCCUAUAUCAGUAAUAAUUUGUUGAUAUGUUACCAUGUUAAAACUAAAACUUACAGCUACAAGACUGGUAAUUUUACAAACGGGAAGGAAUGAGGCCUUGGGACAUAUAGUUAACUGUAGCUCUCCCGUGACCCCAAACUUUCAUACCUUUUCAGAAUGUGUCUUUUGGGGGCCAUAUUUAUUAGUUUUCAACAAAAUACUUCCAAAAACAUAUUUAUACCUGUUGGCCAUACUCAUGUUUGUGUUACCCAGAAAACUACUGGAUACAAACUGUUAUGUAAAUCUGAGAUUCUUCUGCCAACUUUUCAGAUUUAAAUAAAUAUUUUUAUUAAA